AAACCCAAAUAUGAUUUUUAAGUAUAUCCAAGAACCAAAGCUUGGAUCUCUACUUCGGUCCCGCGAUGCGUUGAUCUACUUAAACAGAUCCAUAGAUCAAAUGGGUUGGAGACUGCCGCCCAGAUCAAAGCCUUAUUGGUGGCUUUACUAUAUUUGGUCCUUGAUGGUCAUAGUACUCGUCUUUAUCUUCAUACCUUACGGGCUUAUAAUGACUGGAAUAAAGGAGUUCAAGAACUUUACGACCACUGAUCUGUUUACGUAUGUUCAAGUACCGGUCAAUACUAAUGCCUCCAUAAUGAAGGGCAUUAUAGUGUUGUUUAUGCGAAGACGAUUUUCCUCGGCUCAAAAAAUGAUGGACCAGAUGGACAUACGUUGUGUCAAGAUGGAGGAAAAGAUGGAGGUUCAUCGAUCUGCAGCCUUAUGUAACCGAGUCGUUGUCACCUACCAUGGGAUAUAUUUCGGUUACCUUACCAUGGCUUUAACCGGAGCUUUGGUGAUUGGAAAGACUCCAUUCUGUCUGUAUAAUCCUCUAGUUAACCCGGACAAUCAUUUCUAUUUGGCCACUGCAAUUGAAUCGGUCACAAUGGCGGGUAUUAUAUUAGCAAACCUCAUUUUGGAUGUCUAUCCUAUAAUCUAUGUGGUCGUAUUGCGAACUCAUCUCGAACUUUUAAGUCAACGAGUCAAGAAUCUUCGAUCCGAUAAAGACAAGGAAGACGAUGAACAUUAUGCGGAACUGGUGGAGUGUGUUAAGGAUCACAAGCUGAUUGUGGAAUAUGGAAACACUCUGCGUCCCAUGAUAUCAGCCACCAUGUUCAUACAGUUGCUUUCCGUCGGACUACUCUUGGGUCUAGCAGCGGUUUCCAUGCAAUUCUACAAUACCAUAAUGGAACGUGUGGUCUCUGGAGUUUAUACCAUAGCCAUACUUUCCCAGACCUUUCCCUUUUGCUAUGUCUGCGAGCAACUGAACAGCGACUGCGAGUCUUUAACCAACACAUUAUUCCAUUCCAAGUGGAUCGGUGCAGAACGAAGAUAUAGAACCACGAUGCUCUACUUUAUUCACAAUGUUCAGCAGUCGAUUUUGUUUACCGCUGGUGGUAUUUUUCCCAUUUGCUUGAACACCAAUAUUAAGAUGGCCAAGUUCGCCUUCUCCGUGGUAACCAUUGUGAAUGAAAUGGACUUAGCGGAGAAAUUGAAAAGGGAGUAG